GAUCCACGUGUCAACCUUAUAAGUCGCCGUAUAUUCUCUCCGGGAAUGCAAAAAGGGGCCUUUUUUGACGGGACGAAUCUCUGGAUAUCUCCUCUCUUCACUAUAAAGUGCUUUUUUCUGUAACAUUUUCUUUGUUUUUUUUUUCCUCAAUACCUAUGAGUCGUAUAUAUUGAUUAAGGUUAGGGUUUGUUUUAUUAUUGAGAAAUGGGCAGAGGGAAGGUUCAGCUGAAGCGAAUCGAAGACAAAAGUAGCAGACACGUGACAUUUUCAAAGAGGAAAAGUGGGUUGAUCAAGAAAGCUGGAGAACUUGCUGUUCUUUGUGAUGUUGAGCUUGCUCUUGUCAUCUUUUCCUCUAGAGGAAAGCUUUACCAGUUUUCCAGUGGCCAAAGUUUGAGAAAAAUUCUUGAACGCUACCUAGUUCAUGUAGAAGAAGAAGCUGUUGUUUGCACUAGUGGUGAUGAAGCAAAGAUUCAUGGUGAAUUCAUGGACCUUUGGAAAGGUACUAGCCUACAGGAACUAGUUGGAAGGCACAUUGAAGGUCAAAACAUUGAACAUCUAAAUCUGACACAGCUCAUACAGCUGGAGAUGCAGUUGGAUUCCAUUUUAAGGCAAAUGAGGGAUCGAAAGACACAGGUAAUGAUGGACACUGUUGCUGAAUUGCAGGAGAAGGAGAAGCAACUGAGGCAAGAUAAUUAUGUCCUGGAAAAGAAGAUUGCAGCAAGAAUGGACAUAGAAAAUGGCGAAAGAGCAAACGAGGAUCCUCAUUCUAACAGCUACAAACCUCCCCUCCAAAGGGGCUUGCUUCAUUUAUUCUAGCGAUGGAGUUAUUAUCUAGUAAAUUUAUAUAGAAUAUAUGUAGUUCCCGGCCCUUUCAUCCACCCCACAACAACCGGUCAAUAAAACUUUAGAUAAAAUAAUGGGAGUAAAUCACCGCACAAAGAAAAAGGGGUCUGCUUUUUGUGCCUGGUGGAGGAAAACUCGACUUAAACCUUUGCACUGACAAAACUGCUAUAUGUGUUGUGUGCCUCGAUGCCACUCGUUUAUUUAUCAUAUUAUUAAUUAUUGUAACAAUGUUCCUUUCUGUUCUGCCAAGUUUAUCAGUGCAUCUAUUUGUCACGGCAUGUUAAAACUCUGGAUGUAAUUAUGUAUUAAUAUU